UGGUACCAUGGUAGAUUAGACAGGGCUCAGGCAGAGAAGAGGCUGUUGGAACAUCAGAAAUUAGGCAGUUACCUGAUCAGGGAAAGUGACAGAAAGCCUGGGGCCUACGUUCUUUCGUUUCUUGGAAAAACCGGAAUCAACCAUUUCAAAAUGACUGCAGUCUGUGGGGCAUAUUACAUAGGAGGACGUGAGUUCAACUCCCUCUCACUACUCAUUGGCUACUACACCGGCUGGUCUGAUCUGCUGAAGGGGGAAAGAUUGGCCCAUCCUGUACCACCCCCUGAGCGUGUGUGCGAGUACGCGUGUGUACGUGUGUCAUUGCCAACGUACGCACACACACACAUGCACACGAACGCGAACAUUUUCAAUAGUUUUAUGAAGGGAGAGAUAUUCAUGGUGAAAAACGACAUGGGAGCUGGUUGGCUCUGGGUGACCUCGACCUUCAACAACAAAAGUGGAAUCAUCAAUCAAGAACUAACUGAAGAACUAGGUGACGAUGACGACCCAGUUGAGCAACACAAGUGGUACCAUUCUGACAUCACCUCCAACGAAGUCGCUGAAAAACUUGCGAAAAGUGGCCAGGACAGUUGGCUGGUUAAGAGGAGCGAGAAAACAAAGGGUGACUUUACCAUCUACUUCUACUGCGGGGGCUCCAUACAAAAGUUCAAAGUUCAAAAGCAGUCCAUUGGGGUUUAUUUUAUGGGUGGCAGGUGUUUUAAAAGCGUGGCCGAUGUGAUAGAGAGAUACAAAGUAGAGGAUAUCAUUGAGGGGCAUAAGUUGACCACACCUGUAUUAAUGGUAAGUAGGUGUUCUGUUGCUGGUGUGUGUGUUUGUUUGUGUGUUUUUUUUGUUUGUGUGUGUGUGUGUUUGUGUGUGUGUGAGGCGCGUGUGUGUGCGUGUGCGUGCGUGCGCGUUCGUCGUUCUUAUCUCGUUGAUCAGAUUAGUGAUUAG